UCCGGUCGGCAUUUUGUUCUGAGGUAGCGAGACCGACGCUCGCAUUCACGCAGGCUCCUCUUUUUUCUCUCUCUUUCUCUCUCCUCCCUCCCCCUUUCCUCCCUCCCCGGUACCGACUCACCGUGGCCUAAGUAGUUUCCUCCGUGCCCCGCCCCAACCGCGUACACAGAGGAGGCGGCGGAGGAGGCGGUGGUGACGGCGGCGGAAGAGAAGGACCGAGCCGCGGUAGAGAUUUUCCCCCCUCCUCCCUUUCGUUAGCUCCUUUCCUCCCUCCCCUCCCGGGGUCCGGUCGGUCGGUCGGUGGGUGCGUGAGGUGUUUAUCGAAUCCGGUUUGGCCUGGCCUGUGUGGAUGUUGGUGUGAAUUAGGCUCGGUGGGAGGACGACGGCAAGGAGGAGAAGGAAGAAGAAGAAAAAGAGGAGGAGGAGGAGGAGGAAGAAGAAGACGGUGGCGACGACGACGACGACGACUUAAGGGAUUCGCUUCGGCCGCUCUUCCCCCCCUCUCCGGCUCUACAUGUUCGCUGCACUGAGGAGGAGACGGAAGAGGAGCCAGCCCCCCUCCCGGCCCGGAUUAUUGUUGUUAUAUUAUCUCCCCUCCUCCUCCUCUCGCUCCGCGGCGGCCCAGCGGCGGAUCCUCUGAGGAGGGAGGGGGGCGGAUUUUUUCCCCUCGUUUCCCCCCCCCGGUUUGGUUUUCGGUUGGAUUCAGACGGUGUUUUGCUCAGCAUGAUUGUCGUUUUUCACUGUCCAACUUUCACAUCCAUACACAGAGAUUGGGAAUACCAUAUAUGUGCUUGGGAGAUGGGAAGUAAUGAUAGCUGGCAUCCGAACUAAAAUCUACGUGUAGGCACUACCAUCCCAGCAUUUCAGGAUGAAUGGGGAUAUGCCUCAUGUUCCCAUCACUACUCUUGCAGGGAUUGCUAGUCUCACAGAUCUUUUGAACCAGCUGCCUCUUCCAUCACCUUUACCUGCUACAACUACAAAAAGUCUGCUAUUUAAUGGACGAAUUGCAGAGGAGGUGAACUGUCUUUUGGCUUGUAGGGAUGAAAAUCUGGUUUCACAGCUUGUGCACAGCCUCAACCAGGUUUCAACAGAUCACAUAGAAUUGAAAGAUAACCUUGGCAGCGAUGAUCCAGAGGGAGAUAUACCAGUCUUGCUACAGGCUGUCCUGGCAAGGAAUCCUAAUGUUUUCAGGGAGAAAAGCAUGCAAAACAGAUACGGGGUACAAAGUGGAAUGAUGAUGCCGCAGUACAAACUGUCUCAGAAUUCCAUGCAUGGUAGUCCUGCAUCUUCCAAUUAUCAGCAAACCACUAUCUCUCAUAGCCCUUCCAGUCGGUUUGUGCCACCACCAACAAGCUCUAGUAAUCGAUUUAUGGCACCACAAAACAGCCCUGUGCCUAGUCCAUAUGCUCCUCAAAGUCCUGCAGGAUAUUUGCCAUACUCGCAUCCUCCAAGUUACACACCUCACCCGCAGAUACAGCAAGCUUCAGUGUCCAGUCCCAUUGUCUCAGGUGGGAUGAGGAAUAUACAUGAAAAUAAGGUUACAAGUCAGUUGUCGGGCAGUUCAGCUAAUCACCAUGCUGAUAAUUCUAGACAUGGCUCAAGUGAAGACUACCUGCAAAUGGUGCACAGAAUAAGCAGUGAAGAUGGUGAUUCUUCAAUAAGGAACACUGCAUCGUUUCCUUUGCGGUCACCACAGUCAGUAUGUUCUCCUGCUGGAAGUGAUGGAACCCCUAAAGCAGCUGCUGCUUCCAUUCCAAGAUCCCAUUCCAGCAAAGGAUCAAGACCACCUUUAAUACUUCAAUCUCAGCCUCCACCUUACUCUUCACCUAGAGAUGUCCCCCCUGACAUAUUAUUAGAUUCUCCUGAAAGAAAGCAAAAGAAACAAAAGAAAAUGAAGUUAGGGAAGGAUGAAAAAGACCAGACUGAAAAAGCUGCAAUGUAUGAUAUCAUUAGCUCUCCAUCCAAGGACUCUACUAAACUUACGUUAAGACUUACUCGUGUAAGAUCUUCAGAUAUGGACCAGCAGGACGAUAUGCUUUCUGGUUUGGAAAACAGUAACGUGUCGGAAGGGGACAUUUCCUUUAAUGUGCAGUAUCCAGGACAGACUUCUAAAACACCAGUUACUCCACAGGAUAUUAAUCGCCCAUUAAAUGCUGCUCAGUGUUUGCCGCAGCAUGAACAAACAGCAUUCCUUCAGGCACAACAAGUGCCUGUUUUACAACCGAACACUUCAGUUUCUGCAAAACAACCUCAAAAUCAUUUGGUACAGACACAUCAACAAGUUUCACAACAUGGAACUAUUACGCCAUAUGAUGAAGUAGAAUUGGAUGCAUUGGCUGAAAUUGAACGGAUAGAACGGGAAUCAGCUAUUGAAAGGGAACGGUUUUCAAAAGAAGUGCAAGACAAAGAUAAGCCUUUGAAGAAACGAAAACAAGAUUCCUAUCCACAGGAGGCUGGAGGUGCUACUGGAGGAAAUAAGCCAGCUUCUCAGGAGACAGGGUCUGCAGGAAAUGGAUCAAGGCCAGCCUUGAUGGUUAGCAUUGAUCUACAACAAGCAGGGCGUGCGGACUCUCAGGCAACUGCUCCUCAGGACUCAGACAUCAUCAAAAAGCCUGAAGAGAUAAAGCAGUGUAAUGACGGUUCUGUUUUCAUUCCCCAAGAGGAUGUUAUUGGAGUACUUAAACUAAAAUCUGAAAACCAUCCUGAAAUCCUGAGGAAAAAGUCAGAUUCUGAAGGUUUAAAGGUGGAAAUACAACACAAUGAGAACAAACAGGCAGAAGUGCAGCAAAAUGAGAGUAAACGGAUAGAAACUAAACAGAGUGAAAGCAAGCAGACAGAAAUUAAACAUGAAAGCAAACAUGAAAGUAGGCAGGUGGAUAUGAAACAAAAUGAGAGCAAGCAAAAUAAUGGCAAACAGGAAAUUAGGCAACGACCUGAAACUCCAAAACAGAAAAAUGAAGUGAGGCCAGAUACUCCAAAACAAAAAAAUGAAGGCAGGCCAGAAACCCCAAAGCAGAAGAAUGAAGGUAGGCCAGAAACCCCCAAACACAGGCAUGAAAACAGGCGGGAUUCUGUUAAGUCAUCUUCAGAAAAGAAGCCUGAUAUAUCUAAAUAUAAAAUGGAUACGAAGUCUGAUCCUUCCAGGGUAAAAUCUGAAAGGUCUGAUGCAUUAAAACAGAGGACAGAUGGACGUUCAGUUUCUGACUCUCUAAAGCGUGAUCAUGAUAACCUUAAACAAAAAUCUGAAGACAGGGGUGAAUCGGAGAGACACAGAGGAGAUUCAUCAAAGCUGAGAAGACCUGAGUAUUUGAGGUCUUCAAGUAAGGGCGAGCAUGACUCUAAACAUAGCAUUAAAUCUGAUAACUCAAAACCUGAAAAACUAGAAAGAAAACACAGGAACGAGUCUGGUGAGUCCCGUGAUAGGCUGUCUUCUGGGGAUCAGAGAUCAAGACCUGACAGCCCUCGUAUUAAACAAGAAAAUAAAAGUGAUAUUGGUAAAUUAAGACCAGAUAGACCAGGUUUUAAAUCACACAACAGUAAAGAUGAACGAAGGACAGAUGGUAAUAAGAGCAGAAUGGAUAGUAAUAAAGCACACACAGACAAUAAGGCAGAGUUUCCCAGUUAUUUGUUGGGGGGAAGAUCAGGGGCUUUGAAACACUUUAUCAUUCCAAAAAUCAAACGCGAUAAAGAUGGCAAUGUCAUGCACGAAGCAAGAAAAACAGAAAUUAAGGGUGAACCGAAGGACAAAGUUGAGAAGAUUGGGCUAGUGGAGGAUCUAAAUAAAGGAGCUAAACCAGUUGUUGUUCUGCAGAAGCUUUCUUUGGACGAUGUACAAAAAAUUAUUAAGGAUAGAGAAGACAGAUCAAGGAGCUCUUGUUUUAAACCUAACAAGAACAAGUCAUCCAAAUCAAACAAAAGUAGCAUAGAUCAGUCAGUGUUAAAGGAAUUACCUCCAGAACUGCUAGCAGAAAUUGAGUCUACCAUGCCUCUCUGUGAACGAGUGAAAAUGAACAAACGUAAGCGUAGCACAGUAAAUGAAAAACCAAAAUAUGCUGAAAUCAGUUCUGACGACGACAAUGACAGUGAAGUCGCUUUUGAAACUUCCCGCAAAAGGCAUAAAAAAGAUAGAGAUGAUGAUAAAGCUUGGGAAUAUGCAGAACAUGACAGACGAGGUUCUGGAGAUCAUAAAAGGAGUAGCCAUUAUCAUGAAGGAAGGAGAAGCUCUGGGAGCAGUCGAUACCGCAAUCGUAGUCCAGAAGACUCAGACGUGGAUGAUUAUUCCCCCCCUCCUAGCCUCAGUGAGGUGGCUAGAAAAAUGAAGAAAAAAGAGAAGCAAAAGAAGAGGAAAGCUUAUGAACCAAAGCUAACACCUGAAGAAAUGAUGGAUUCUUCUACAUUCAAGAGAUUCAGCGCUUCAGUUGAAAAUAUUUUGGACAAUUUGGAAGACAUGGAUUUUACUGCAUUUGGUGAUGAUGAUGAAAUUCCUCAGGAGUUUCUACUGGGAAAGCAUCAACUUAGUGAAUUGGGCAGUGAAUCUGCUAAAAUUAAGGCAAUGGGCAUUAUGGACAAGCUUUCAACAGAAAAAACAGUGAAAGUCCUGAAUAUCUUGGAGAAAAAUAUUCAAGAUGGUUCGAAACUUUCUACUCUGCUUAACCAUAAUAAUGACACUGAAGAUGAGGAAAGGUUAUGGAGAGACCUGAUCAUGGAGAGAGUCACAAAAUCUGCAGAUGCCUGUCUUACUGCUAUCAACAUUAUGACAUCGCCCAACAUGCCCAAAGCUGUAUAUAUUGAAGAUGUAAUAGAAAGAGUUAUUCAGUACACUAAAUUUCACUUGCAGAACACACUUUAUCCUCAGUAUGAUCCUGUUUACCGAUUGGAUCCUCAUGGUGGUGGCGUAUUAAGCUCGAAAGCAAAGCGUGCCAAGUGUUCCACCCACAAACAGAGAGUAAUAGUGAUGUUAUACAACAAAGUUUGUGAUAUUGUUAGUAGUUUGGCUGAACUGUUGGAGAUACAGCUUCUUACUGACACCACUAUUCUACAGGUUUCUUCCAUGGGGAUAACACCUUUUUUUGUAGAAAAUGUCAGUGAACUUCAGUUAUGCGCCAUCAAACUUGUCACUGCAGUCUUCUCAAGAUAUGAAAAGCAUAGGCAAUUGAUACUAGAAGAAAUUUUCACUUCACUUGCAAGGUUACCAACCAGCAAAAGAAGUUUGAGGAACUUCAGACUGAACAGCAGUGAUACUGAUGGGGAACCUAUGUAUAUUCAGAUGGUGACUGCAUUGGUGCUACAACUAAUUCAGUGUGUUGUGCAUCUGCCAUCAGGCGAGAAGGAUUCUAAUUCUGAAGAGGAGUCAAAUAAGAAGGUGGAUCAGGAUGUCUUAAUUACAAACUCAUAUGAAACAGCCAUGAGAACAGCACAAAACUUCCUUUCAAUUUUUCUCAAGAAAUGUGGUAGCAAGCAAGGGGAAGAGGAUUAUAGGCCACUCUUUGAGAACUUUGUUCAAGAUCUUCUUUCCACUGUCAACAAACCAGAAUGGCCAGCUGCAGAGUUAUUGCUUAGUUUAUUGGGAAGACUACUGGUUCAUCAAUUUAGUAAUAAAUCUACAGAAAUGGCAUUGAGAGUGGCAUCACUUGAUUAUCUUGGUACUGUAGCAGCACGAUUGAGGAAGGAUGCAGUCACUAGCAAAAUGGAUCAAGGAUCUAUAGCUCGUAUUUUAAAACAGGUCUCAGGAGGGGAAGAUGAAAUCCAACAGUUGCAAAAAGCACUGCUAGAUUAUUUGGAAGAAAAUACAGAAACUGAUGCAUCGUUAGUGUUUUCUCGGAAAUUUUAUAUAGCUCAGUGGUUUCGGGACACUACAAUGGAAACCGAGAAAGCAAUGAAAACUCAGAAGGAUGAAGAUUCAUCUGAAGGAACACACCAUGCAAAAGAAGUUGAGACAACAGGACAAAUCAUGCACAGAGCAGAAAGUCGCAAAAAAUUUCUUCGCAACAUCAUUAAAAGAGCACCAUCUCAGUUCAGUACAUUAAAGAUGAACUCAGAUACUGUGGACUAUGAAGAUGCUUGCUUGAUUGUUCGCUACUUGGCCUCUAUGAGGCCGUUUGCCCAGAGCUUCGAUAUUUAUUUGACACAGAUUCUGCGUGUGCUUGGUGAAAAUGCAAUUGCUGUUCGAACAAAAGCCAUGAAGUGUUUGUCUGAGGUUGUUGCUGUAGAUCCCAGCAUUCUAGCCAGGCUGGAUAUGCAACGAGGUGUCCAUGGACGGUUGAUGGAUAAUUCCACUAGUGUACGAGAAGCAGCCGUGGAGUUACUUGGUCGGUUUGUCCUUUGUCGACCACAGCUUGCUGAACAGUAUUAUGACAUGCUGAUUGAGCGAAUACUGGAUACUGGUAUUAGUGUCAGAAAAAGAGUCAUAAAGAUUCUGAGGGAUAUUUGUAUUGAACAACCAACAUUUCCCAAAAUUACAGAAAUGUGUGUGAAAAUGAUUCGUAGAGUCAACGAUGAAGAAGGCAUUAAGAAACUGGUAAAUGAAACAUUCCAGAAGCUGUGGUUUACUCCAACCCCCCAUAAUGACAAAGAAGCAAUGACCAGGAAAAUACUGAACAUCACUGAUGUGGUCGCAGCAUGUAGAGAUACAGGGUAUGAUUGGUUUGAACAGCUUCUUCAGAAUUUGCUAAAAUCUGAAGAAGAUGCUUCAUAUAAGCCUGUGAAGAAAGCUUGUACACAGCUUGUGGAUAAUUUGGUUGAACACAUUCUGAAGUAUGAAGAAUCUCUGGCAGAUUCUGACAACAAGGGUGUGAAUUCAAGUCGCUUGGUAGCUUGCAUAACCACUUUGUUCUUAUUCAGCAAAAUCAGGCCCCAGUUAAUGGUCAAACAUGCUAUGACCAUGCAGCCAUAUCUUACCACUAAAUGCAGUACUCAGAAUGACUUCAUGGUGAUCUGCAAUGUUGCAAAAAUUUUAGAAUUGGUAGUGCCACUCAUGGAACAUCCCAGUGAGACUUUCCUUGCUACUAUUGAAGAAGAUCUCAUGAAGCUUAUAAUCAAAUAUGGCAUGACAGUAGUGCAGCACUGUGUCAGUUGUCUUGGGGCUGUUGUAAACAAGGUCACUCAAAAUUAUAAAUUUGUAUGGGCAUGUUUUAAUAGAUACUAUGGGGCACUUUCAAAAUUAAAAAGUCAACAUCAAGAAGACCCAAACAGUACUAUUCUUACAGCAAAUAAACCAGCACUCCUUAGAUCCCUUUUCACGGUUGGAGCACUGUGUCGGCAUUUUGAUUUCGACCAAGAGGAUUUUAAAGGCAACAGCAAGGUUAACAUUAAGGAUAAAGUGCUUGAACUGCUGAUGUAUUUUACCAAACAUUCAGAUGAGGAGGUACAAACAAAAGCUAUUAUUGGUCUAGGGUUUGCAUUCAUACAACACCCAAGUCUAAUGUUUGAACAGGAGGUGAAAACAUUGUACAACAGCAUUCUCUCUGAUAAGAACAGCUCAGUAAAUUUAAAAAUCCAAGUGUUAAAAAACCUCCAAACAUACCUCCAAGAGGAAGAUACACGGAUGCAGCAGGCAGAUAGAGAAUGGAAAAAGGUAGCAAAGCAGGAAGAUCUGAAAGAAAUGGGUGAUAUUUCCUCAGGGAUGAGCAGCUCUAUCAUGCAGCUCUAUCUCAAACAGGUCCUUGAGGCUUUCUUUCACGCCCAGUCCAGCGUUCGGCAUUUUGCGCUCAAUGUUAUUGCACUGACAUUAAACCAGGGUCUUAUCCAUCCAGUCCAGUGUGUGCCAUACUUAAUAGCUAUGGGCACAGAUCCAGAGCCUUCUAUGAGGAACAAAGCAGAUCAGCAGCUAGUGGAGAUCGACAAAAAAUAUGCUGGAUUUAUUCAUAUGAAAGCAGUGGCUGGUAUGAAGAUGUCCUACCAGGUACAGCAAGCAAUCAACACUUGUCCAAAAGAUCCCGUGAGGGGCUUUAGGCAGGAUGAAUCCAGCAGUGCUUUGUGCUCACACCUUUACUCCAUGAUCCGAGGGAACCGGCAACACCGACGAGCCUUUCUCAUUUCCUUACUCAACCUCUUUGAUGACACAGCUAAAACAGAGGUGAAUAUGCUUUUGUACAUAGCAGACAAUCUAGCCUGUUUUCCUUACCAAACCCAGGAAGAGCCACUUUUUAUAAUGCACCAUAUAGACAUUACAUUAUCAGUUUCUGGUAGUAACCUUCUCCAGUCAUUUAAGGAGUCUAUGGUGAAAUAUAAAAAAGAAAGGAAGCCUUCAUCUGAUGAAGAGAGUGAGAGUGAAAGUAACAGUGAGAAUGACAGUGACAGCGAGGAGGAAAUACACAAACCCCGAAAGUUACGAAAACGUGCAGGCUCAGAUUCAGAUACUGAUGAAGAGAAUGAUAUAAAUGCUGUCAUGAAAUGUUUGCCAGACAAUUCAGCUCCUCUAAUUGAAUUUGCAAAUGUUUCCCAGGGUAUAUUGUUGCUUUUGAUGUUAAAACAGCAUUUGAAGAACCUCUGUGGAUUUUCAGAUAGUAAAAUUCAGAAAUACUCUCCCUCUGAAUCUGCAAAAGUAUAUGAUAAAACGAUAAACAGGAAAGCAGGAAUUCAUUUCCAUCCAAAACAGACGCUAGACUUCCUUCGGAGUGAUAUGGCUAAUUCCAAGCUCACAGAAGAAGUGAAGAGGAGUAUAGUCAAGCAGUACUUAGAUUUCAAACUUCUCAUGGAACACUUGGAUCCUGAUGAAGAGGAGGAAGAUGGAGAAGUAUCAGCUAGCACAAAUGCUCGCAACAAAGCUAUUACCUCGCUGCUCGGAGGAGGCAGCCCUAAAAACAAUGCAGCUGAAACAGAGGAUGAUGAGAGUGAUGGGGAGGAUAGAGGAGGAGGCACUUCAGGGUCAUUGAGAAGGUCAAAACGAAAUUCAGACUCUACGGAGUUGGCAGCACAGAUGAAUGAAAGUGUUGAUGUCAUGGAUGUCAUCGCUAUUUGCUGUCCAAAGUACAAAGAUCGACCACAAAUUGCAAGAGUAGUACAGAAAACCAGCAAUGGCUUCAGUGUUCAGUGGAUGGCGGGCUCCUACAGUGGCUCCUGGACUGAGGCUAAGCGCCGUGAUGGCCGCAAACUGGUGCCUUGGGUAGACACUAUUAAAGAGUCAGACAUUAUUUACAAAAAAAUUGCUCUAACGAGUGCUAAUAAGCUGACUAAUAAAGUGGUUCAGACUUUACGAUCGUUGUAUGCCGCCAAGGAUGGAACUUCCAGCUAAUGCAUUUGUUCAUGCAGCCAAAUUUUACAGGAAAUAACAAAAAAAAACUUGAAAUACCAACUUUCUGGCAAAAAAAAUCAAUUUAAUGAAGAGUAAGAAUGACACCUGGGAUGCAGGAAACAGAAGGAAAUGUUUGGUAAACAUUUUUGUGGGAGCUUCCUUCGCUGUUGUGCAGCAGAAACUUCUCAGUUCAUUUUUACUCCCACUGUAUAAUAGUUUAACAAAAAUUGUUUAUAUCUUGAAAAAAACCUUUCUGUUUUAAAAAAAAUAAACAAGUGAAUGUUGGAAAUUAGUCUGUUAAUGUUCUUAAUAAAGUGUUCUUGGAGUUUAACCUAGCAGCGGAUGGCUUUCUUUAGCUUAGCCCAGUUUCCAGGGAAGCAUUGUUUUUCCAGGCUGUAAAAUGGCAGAAUCUCCUGGAUAUAUAAUUUAUUCUGUUGGGGGAAAAAAGCAUGCAGUAUCUAUGACCUAUCUGCAGGAGGAGUUUUUGUAAAUGUAGAUUUUGAUGUAUUAGGUCACCCUGAAAUAAUACAAGAAAAGGGAUCCCCAGCAAAUCUGGUGGAACGAAUACUGCAAUAAAUUUUUUUACUUCUCUUUGUUA